AUGGCCGCGAAACCCCUCAUCAACCUCCUUCGAGGCUGGCCGAACACGUCGCUGCUUCCUACCGCCGUCAUUAAACAGGCGGCCGACAGCGUCCUGACGCGGCCUGAUGUCGCCAUCCCGGGCCUGCUGUACGGCCCUGAUCCGGGAGACCCGGGAGCACGCAGCGCAAUUGCUGCGUGGCUGACGGACUUCUAUCGUCCGAGCCAACCGGUGACGGACGAGAGGAUUACCAUCACGGGAGGGGCGUCGCAGAACCUGGGAUGCAUCCUGCAGACCUUCACCGAUCCGAUCUUCACCCGAAACAUAUGGAUCAGCUCCCCCGCCUACUUCUUGGCGUUCCGCAUCUUUGAGGACUCAGGAUUCGCUGGGAGAUUGCGUUCCGUGCCCGAGGACGACGGCGGCGUCGACGUCGACUUUCUGCGACGGGAGAUAACAAAGAGCGAGGAGAAAGCGAGGGCAGAUGGAAACACAGAGCCGACUCUGAAGCCCGGGCGGCCCUGGCGCAAGAUCUACCCUCACGUCAUCUACGUUGUUCCUUCCUUUGCCAAUCCCUCAUCCGUCACCAUGCCACUGGAGAGGCGGAAGGAGUUGGUGAAACUGGCUCGGGAAUACGACGCCCUCGUCAUAUGUGACGACGUCUACGACUUUUUGCAAUGGCCCGCAGCAACUGACACCAAUGAGUCGGGGUUGAACAAAGCACUACUGCCUAGGCUCGUUGAUAUCGACCGUUUCCUAGACGGAGGCGCCGAACGAGACGGCGCGGACGGGUUCGGUAAUGUGGCUAGCAACGGGAGCUUCAGCAAAGUAGCCGGGCCUGGUCUCAGAACCGGCUGGGUCGAAGGUACCGCAAAACUUGCCCAUGGCGUCUCGCAGACUGGUACCUCGCGGUCCGGCGGGGCGCCAUCGCAGCUCACGUCGACGUAUGUUGCGCAACUCCUCGAAUCCGAUCGGCUGCAGCAGCAUAUCUACGGGACGCUGCAGCCUGCCUAUGCGGCGCGCUACCGUGUGAUGAUGUCGGCCAUCGAGAAGCAUCUGGUCCCGCAGGGCGUCAGGCUGCCGCAGCCCGGCAGAGAAGUAGUCGGGGGUUAUUUCGUGUGGCUUUCGCUCCCUUCCCCGCUGAAGAGCGCCGAGGUUGCGCGACUGGCGCGAGAGAAGGAGAACUUGAUCGUUGCGGAAGGUGGGCUGUUCGAGGUUCCCGGGGACUCGGCUACGGUGAAUUUCCCAUGUGACAUCCGGCUGUGCUUUAGCUGGGAGGAUGUCGACCGGCUUGGUGAAGGCAUCGAACGGCUGGCCCGAGUCAUCGAUCAGCUGCAGCGCGGAGAGGUGGCGGACGAUGCGGACAGGCAAGGCGAAAUGCAACCCGACACGGAAGGAGGCCAAAGUGGGAAGCUGGGACAGGGCAACAGUGGAAACUACUGGUGA